AUGGACUACAAUGGAAUACGGUUACAAACAGACACAGAUGGAAUUGCUGUGGUUAUAAUGUGUAAUGGCGAUAACAAAUUUACCAUGGACUUUGUGAGAACAUGGCAUCAAGUUUUGGACGACAUCGAAAAAAAUGAAGAUAUAACUGGGCUUAUAACAAUUGGCGAAGGGAGAGCUUUUAGUACAGGACUCGAUAUAAACUGGCUGAAAACACAAAGUCCGACAACUCUUGAUGAAUAUCAUGACGAACUUCAUAAGCUUUAUAAACGCCUUAUGUCCCUUGGACUAACUACAGUGGCGGUAAUAAAUGGAUUUAUAUGUAGAAAUUUAUCAUAUCUGCAUUCUAGAAUUUCUGAUAUAGAAAUGAUGCAUUGUAUUUUACAGGGAAAGAGGGGUUUGUUUAGGAAAUGGUUAGUUCAGUGGAUCAAAGAAAACCAGUUCAGUAGAGUUGUCAUAGCAACCAGUAGUUCAGCAGAAGAAAGACUUGAUACACAAUUACAGGGGCCUCAGUUCAGGUUUGUUGCCUCGCCACAAAUUGAAAAGAUGUUUGGUGACAUGUUCCGCAAUUUCUAUGAAUGGGAAGAGUUAGAAAAACGACAGAGUUUUCCAGCGCCAUCUAUGUUAGAAGCAGGUGAAGACCAAGGGGGAGAACUGUACAUUCCUGGUGGUGGAGUUGCCAAAACUUUAUUUGAAGAUCUAUAUGAAGAUGUUCCUACAGCAAUAUGUUUGAUGUUCUGUGCUGAAGGUGAUAAUGUUGUAGAAGCAGUGGAGCUGGCUAACAGACUCAACAGAUGGCUUGGCCUCAUUCUCUUUCAUUCUCGGUCUAUAGGUGGAGCUGAUGAGGAAGCAGUGGUAAAAUAUACAAAGUGGAAAAUUCCUGUCUCCUGGAAGCUAUUUUAUGGAUCCAAAUUUGAUCAGACCUUGUAUCACUGAUGAUUGUCUUGGCUGUUAACAUACAAAUGCCGUUUUGAAGAGGAAGAGUAAUUGAUGGGAAUUUCUUGAAGAUGUUAAAUCUGUGCCAGAUCACUGUAUCAACAUUAUUCUGCUCACUUGUGGGGAUUCAGUGUCUUGAGAUCAUAAGCAAGGAACUCUUGGUGCAGGCCUUGAUGUUUUUUUCUCUGAAUGUCUCACAAGGGUCUGAAGUGCAGAUAUAAGUUACCUUAAACUGUGCUAGUGUUUUGUUUGGAAGUUGUCAAUUAUUUACCAAACACUGUUUGUACAGAAAUGUUAAUAAUUUAAUAAGACAGAUCUGCUGAAGCUGCCAUGUUUCACCUGUAUCAGUCAUAUAUGAGUACAUACAUGUUAAAGUAGAUAGAAUAAUAGGCUUUUUAAAGAAGUUCGAAUUUAUGAUACAAAUAUUUCAAGAGUACUUAUAUGUAUUCAAUAUUAACAUGUUUUGAAUAAAUUUUCUAUUUGCCUAUCAAAAUUAUUUAUCAGUAAAACUUCACUUUUCCUAGUUGAAAAUUGAUCACUCACACCAUAACAGUCAAAAGAAACUGCACUGCUUUUGUGUUUGACCAUGAUGUGUUCACCUUUUAAAGUAAUUAAAAACUUUGCUUUCUUUUUCACAGGUUUUUGUUAACAUGAUCUGCGAGUUGUUUGUAAUAUUUUACAGGAACAAAUGAACUGUGAUAAAUUUUUAUCAGUA